UUUGGGGUAAGUGUCAACCAUGCUUGAUGACUUGACCUGAGUAAACGGUCAAUGUGUCCCUUACAGCUGCAAGCAACCUUAUGCUAUAUGCUCCAUCAAUCAUCCUUUUUAAGUUUAUGAGGUACCUCAAAUUUUAGCAUUUUCAUGUGCAUUCAAACUCCUACAUGUCUCGCACUCUCCCUCUCUUCUUCCUCUUCUCUCUAACUGCAGCGCUUCUUCUUCUUCUUCCAACCACCACUACCAGUCAUGUCAAUUUUGAGGGUAACUCGAUACAUGAACCUUUCGGAAAUGAGAAUGCUCAGGGCAACCUUAAUGUCGAUAUUGUCUCCAUGUCGUGCCAUGAUAAGAAAAAUUGCAGCAGCAGCAGCGUGGUCAAACGGUCACUGGGAAGUGAAAAUGAUUCUUCAGAGACUUAUGUGGUAGCAGAAAACGCUACUAUUACAGUCACCAGCUGCAUAUCGAGAUAUCAAAACGGUAGUUAUCAAAACGGUAGUUAUCAUAGAUAUAACGCCCAAAGUUGUAACAAGAGCAGCACUACCACCAACUCCAAUAACACAUCAACAACAAUGCCACCCCAUGCAGGAUUUUUGUCACCAGCACCAUCACCAUCACAAGUACCAACAUUUUUAUCGCCUAGUCCUUUGUCACCAUUAAUAAUACCAAUAAAGACACCAACACUAGUAUCAGGUAACCAGCAGUUUCGGAUGAGGAAAGUCUAUAUAGGUAUAGCAAUUGUGAUUGGGAUAAUAGCAUUAUUGACGUGCGCCAUAAUUUGUGGUUUUAAAUAUAACCGAUUACCAAAGAGUGACCUUGAUACUGAAACAUCCCUACAAGAAAAUGGAGCCCCAACUCUACAAAGAUAUAAAUUUUCAGAAAUCAAGAAAAUGACCAAAUCCUUCAUAGAGAAAUUGGGUGAAGGUAGUUUUGGUGUUGUAUACAAAGGAGAGAGUAAUGGUUGCCCUGUUGCUGUUAAGAUAUUGAAUGCAUCCAAACAAAAUGACAAAGGAUUUAUCAACGAGGUUUCUAGUAUUAGUAGAACUUCUCAUGUUAAUGUUGUCCAACUUCUUGGAUUCUGUUUUGAAGGCAGCAAUAAAGCUCUCAUUUACGAAUUUAUGGCUAAUGGUUCCCUCGACAAGUUUAUUUACAAUAAAGAACUUGAAAAUAGCCGAUUACUAAGCUGGGAUAAUUUGUGUCAAAUUGCUAUAGGGAUAGCCCGAGGACUAGAGUAUUUGCAUAGGGGAUGCAACACUCAAAUUUUACAUUUUGACAUAAAACCACAUAACAUUCUUUUGGAUGAGAACUUUUGCCCCAAGGUAUCAGAUUUUGGCCUUGCAAAGCUUAGUUCAAGGAAAGAGAGCACUAUUCACAUGUCAGACCAAAGAGGAACAACCGGGUAUAAAGCUCCAGAAGUGUGUAAUAGGCAUCUUGGUAGAGUUUCACACAAAUCUGAUGUUUACAGUUAUGGAAUGAUGCUGCUAGAAAUGGUGGGAGGGAGGAAGAAUAUUGAUCCCGAAGCCGGAGGAAGUGAGUUAUACUUCCCAUAUUGGAUAUACAAUAGGCUAGAUGAGGGCAAUGUCUUGAAACUUGAUAAGGUGUUGACCACAGAAGAAAAUGAGAUAGCAAAAAGAAUGUCUUUAGUGGGUUUAUGGUGUGUUCAAACUAUUCCACUAGAUAGACCUACAAUGAGUGAAGUAAUAGAUAUGUUGGAAGGCAAAAUCUCCCUGGAAAUUCCCCCAAAACCAGUUCUUUCUUGAAGUAAAUUUCUUUGCAAUCUCUUCCAAUUUAGUUUGUAAAACGGAUAAUUAUAUUCUAGUGAUACUUGCCUUGACUUGGUGAUUUCUUUGUUAUAUAUGAAUCAAGGUUUGAUAUUGUUA